CGCGCUUCCACCGCGUCUCACAACCGCGCGGCGUGGCACCCACGGCUGAGAGAUGUGCAGAGGCUGAGAGGCUGAGAGGGUGGCCAUCGGAGGCUGCCAGGCUGCCAGGCUGCACAGUCCCCACCUCAACUCACCGACUCACCGAGUUACAGUAUGAGUGUCAGGGGUGCCACCGAGAUGUUCCAUUGCAUGUAACACCCUUGGGCGGACGCACCGAUGUCUUGCAUAUGUCGUAUAUCAACGCUCGGCCACCAAUGACCACUUGCGCUAUUUCACAUGCACGCAUUCUGCUGCAGAGCAAGUCAGUCGGUAGGGCAGAAGGAUCUCAACAUUAAGAGUGGGGCCUUUUUUUCAGGUGUGCUUCCCGUUUCGCAACUGACAAUGCGCCGAGUGGUUGCGCCUCAAUCGUCAGCUUAUUAUAACUCGCACGAGCUGGUCAAGUAGUGCUGACGAUCCACAAUUACUUCCGUGCGGCUGCCUCAAAGGAUUCAUCUAGCAACGGCCAUGUCAAUUAGUGUUGAAAUUUAAAUUCUCGGGUUCCCAUGUGAAAGAACACCCUGCCCAUUCCAGCUGUCUCGCUUAUUACACGGCCGAAGUUGAAGUCCCUCGUUCAUCCCUUACGGCAACUAUAGAGCACUUGAGAUCAUCAUCGAGUUGACUCCGACGGCAACGAAUUAUGCCUCUCAUUGCAAAGUGAACCCCACCACAUCUACCAAGCCACCAUGGCUCCUCAUGAACUCUUCCACAGAGCCCAGCUGUCCUGGCUGGAGAUUCUCAGACUGGCCAUCAAGCUCUUGGUCAUCGUACCACCGGUCCUCUUCGUCAACCUCCUCCACGCAGUCCCACAAUGCGUGCGCCGCGGGCUCCCAGUGCUGCCCUUCAUGUACUGCAACCUCCUCCGCACCUUGAUGAACACCGUCACCCCGACAGAGCUGCAGUUCAUCAUGCCCCCGACCGGCACGGUCUACCUCCUCUGGCUGGCCGCGGUCGUGACAAAGAACAUCUUGACGUACGACACCGCCAAGAGCCCUACCUCGCUGUCCCGCCUGAGGCCUGAGAUCCAGCCCCUCUCCGACGGCCAGAGCUCCAUCCUCUGGCUGGGCGACCGCGCCACCGCCACCAAGUUCGUGCUCUUCUUCCACGGCGGCGGCUACGUCCUGCCCCUCGACGUCGGGCACCUGAACUGGUGCCGCAACGCGUACCUGUCCGCGGCCGCCGAGGCGGGCGAGGACGUCGCCGUCGCCGUCCUGCAGUACAGCCUCUGGCCGGCCGCCUCGUACCCCACGCAGCUGCUCCAGGCCGCCGAGGCGCUCGCCGUCGUCCUGGACGGCGGCCGCGUGUCGCCGUCCGACGUCGUCUUUGGCGGGGACUCGUGCGGCGGGCACAUCGCCGCCGGCCUGCUGGCGCACCUGGUCCACCCCCUCCCCGGCGCGGCCAGGAUCGAGCUUCCCCCGGGGCAGAGGUUCGCGGGCGCCUUCUUCGUGUCCCCCUGGCUGAGCGGCGUGGACGACGGGCCGGCGUUCCGCGAGAAUGAGUACCUGGACAUGGUCUCGGCCAAGGUCGUCAGGCAGUCGACUUCCCUCACGACGAGCGCGCUCGGCGGGGCACGGAGCUACGAGGCGGCUGAGGUGGCGGGCUGGGCUAUGCCUGGGGACGUGCGGGACGGUUCCUGGUGGGACGGCGUGGAUGGGGUUGUCAGCGACGUGCUUGUGACUGUUGGGCAGCGCGAGGUGCUGAGGGAGCAGAUCUUGGCUUUUGCGAAGCGGCUGCGGGUGAGGAACCCCGACACGAGGGUGGUCCUCGAAGGGUUUCCGAAGGCCGCACAUGACUUCAUUCUGCUGGAGGGACAGCUUAAUCAGGUUGGCGUUGCGACCAGCCAGAUGAAGUCCUGGUACAAGGACAUCUUGCAGAGAAAACCCUGAACACACUCGUCUGGUAGAGUAGACAGCCAGAGCGGGCGUCUCCAGCAGUCAGAUUAGAGAUCUUCAUAGACAAAUACCAUUAGAAGCUGGUCCUCCCAAAAA